AUGGCUUCGGAAAUGACUACCUCUGGAGCUAUGCCUCCUAAAGAGGGCGUCGUUGUGACGUCUAACUUCCACGAAUCUGAGGAGAAGAAUCAAGCUCGGGUUAACAGCCACGAGGCAACUGAUUCCGAGGAGCCUCAUGAGGAUUUCCCAUGGACAUGGAAAACUGUUGCCCUUUGCUGCGGUGUUGCGCUCUCCUUUGGUUCCUCCUUUGCCGAGAAUAUCCUCGGACCACUCAAGAGCACGUUGAUAAAAGAACUGGAUAUUAACAAUGCGCAGUACGGAGCAAUUUCAUCUGCAACUUCACUUGUGAAUACCGUCUUGCCAAUCAUCGGUGGAUAUGGACUUGAUUAUUAUGGCGUUGAAUGGGGAUCGAUGGCAUGCUCGAUUUUCAUCUUCAUCGGAGCCGUAGUUAGCGCAGCAGGAUCCAACAAAGAUACUUUCAGCCUUGUCCUAGCAGGCCGAAUUAUUAUGGGCUUUGGAAGCACUGUUAUCGAAACUUGCACAUCCAAGAUUCUUGCCCAUUGGUUUCAACACAGAGGCCUUGGAUUCGUUUACGGUUUGGAUUUGUCCAUCGGCAAACUUAUUGUUCUCAUCGCCAAAGCUACGGCUAUUCCAAUGAGAGACGCAUCUAGUUUCUGGGGUUGGUCACUUUGGAUUCCGGCCAUCGUCUGUUUCGCCAACCUGCUACAGAAUAUCUUCUACUUCUGGUGGGCUCGAUCAAGGCCAGAGUGGACUCACAUGCCAACCGGCCAGAAAGUAAAGAGACUUGAGAGGAAGCGCCUGAGAGAGCAAGCUAGUGGUCAAGUGACCGUCGACACGGCAUCCAUUGCAAGCCGAGCCAGCUGGAGAAGUUAUAUUCCCGAUUGGAGGGUGUUGACACGAGUGCCACGUUUCUUCUGGCUCGUGGUGUGCACCCAGAUUCUCCAGGCCGGAGUAGUCGGUGGCUUCAACGGUCUCAACGCUGACAUUAUUCGCGUAACUCGAGGCUCUACCGAGCAGAUUGCUGGCUACACCUCUGCCGUCCAGCAAGUGAUACCUGUCGUCUGCGCACCCCUGGUCGGGGCCUACUUCGACUUCUUCGGACACAGGAUGCUUUUCGUCAGCUUAACUUCCGCUAUUUGGAUUCUUGUAUAUUGCCUCAUCGGAUUCAGCAAGGUCAAUGCUCUUGGUGCGAUGGUCAUUGCAUCAUUUGCAUCAGCCAUGAACGCCUUGCCGUUCAUCGCCUCUAUCCCCCUUAUGGUCCCCAACCAGACAGAGCUGGGCCUUGUCUUCGGCAUCUGGAAGGCUUUCAAUAACUGUGCAAGCGUAAUCGUUGAUAUGAUUUCUGGCAAGCUGCAAGACAUCACCCCAGGAGGCACAUAUGAGCGAGUGAUCGCCUUCUUUGUCGCCGUCAAGGGAUUGGAGUUCUGCCUUGGUCUAUUCUAUGGUCUGCUUGAUAGGAAAUAUCUUGCGGGCAUUCUAACUCUAAGUGAGAAGAAGCGUCUCGUGUUGGAGAGGGAGGGUAAGACUGAAUUGUAUAUUGGUCAGAAGCCCGGGAAGCCGUUCACUAUUGUGGGUCUUUCGAUGCUUCUUAGUUUGGUGAUCAUUGCUUGGGUGCUUUUCAUUAUGUUCUCCAUUUAA